UUGUGUCGAAAUAUUUAAAUAUUUUAACUUUUCCAAUAUGGCUGGUAAUGAGGCUGGACAUGGUGCUAUUGUCAGAAAUAGAGAUUUGAUUGAUGUGUGGAUAGAAGCACCGAGAGGAAAUAGAAAACAGGUGGUUUAUGAAAAGAUAUUAUCUCUUAUUGAUAUAACAGAUGAACCUUCCAAACAUCUUAAAAGUAAUAUUAUGAAAUGCAGCCAGUUGUUUGGGUUGAAAAUGGCAAAUAAAUGGCAGAAAGUAGGACAAUCUCGGAAUCGACUUUUACAAAAUCAGGUAUAUUGGUUAGACAAGAUUAUAUAUAGAAUAAAUAAUGAUUCUGAAGAAAACACAUCUUCGGAUGAGGAACAAGAACCUCCUUGUCGCUCAGUUGGACGGCCACGGGUGCCAUUUGAAGAGGCAUCGAAGAAAACAAAACGAAUAUGUGUAGCCGGACUAACCACAGACAGAUCUGCAAACGAUCUUCAAUUUGCUGUAAAUGUCGUUUCUGGAAGCAAUCACAGUGAGGUCUUGCCACAAAUUUUUAGUUUUAGUACAGCUGAAGCUUUAGCCCUUAUGGUAGAUUUGGAUAUAUCCGUCAGAAUGUAUUUGCUACUUAGGUUUGUUAUUAAUGAAGUUGAUUCGCAAGAACUUCUACAGAAAGUAUCCUUGAAAUAA